CGGGUCCACGUCACGGAUGCGAAAGGCAAGCGCGUUCGGUGCAAGUGGUUGCAGGACCGGAAGGUGGGCGCCGUCGCUAUGCGGUGCAGGUUUGUGGCCAUGCAGGUUGCCUGCCAGGCGCGCGAGGACGCAUUCGCUGGGGCGCCCCCGCUGAAGUUCGUCAGGCUGGCGCUGGUGCUGGCAGCGGCGUUCAGAAACCACAUGAAAGUCUACCUGAUAGGGCUCUCGGACAUCAGCAGCGCGUUUUCCCACGCUGAGAUGGGCGAGGACGCGUGCGCGGUGCCGCCCUCAGGUGAGGAGGGGCCGAAUGUAGUUUGGCAGUUGCGGAUGGCGCUGUGCGGGACCAGGGGAGCGAGCAAGCCGUUCCAGCGCAAAGUCAUUGGGGCGUCAGGGCUUCAUCCGCAUGUUGGUGACAGUGAUGGUGUUCUACCACGUCCAGAGGGCAUCUACAUCGUGGUGCACGGAAACGACUUCAUGGCCGUGGGGGCGCUCGAGGACUUGAGGUGGCUUAACGAGAUCCUAGAGGCGGAGUUCGAGGUGAAGCGGGCGCCGUUCGUGGGGCCCGCAGAGGCUGGGGGCGAAGCGACGUCUGGCCAUUUCCUGAAGAGGACGGUUAGCUGGACAGAGAAGGGUUUCCACUGUGAGAGCGACGCGAAGCACGCGAGGACAGUGGUCGAGGCCUACGGGAAGCUGCCAGCGGCGAGGGAGAUCUCGCCGGCUUCCCAGAGCAUCGGGAAGAAGGUGCCAACGGCGUUGGACAGGCUGGGAUACGCGCAGAAGAAGCUGUUCCAGUCGGCGGCGCCGACGGCACUGUACUUGGCAGCAGACGGACCUGACUUACAGUUCGCGACGAGCUGGAUCGUGCGCGGGAUGCAGGAGCCACUGGUGCUCCACGAGCUGGAGCUGAAGCGGUUGGCUGCCUACUUAGCCACGCACCCGCAGAUGAUGUGGAACUUUGAGUAUCAGGAGUUACCGAGCGAGGUGACCAUCGUGACGGACGCGGCGACGCGUGCGCUGAGCAGUGGAGAAGCUGAGUGCGUGGAGAUGACCAACGGCGCUGCGCGGGGGAUCCUCGCGAAGAACCUGUCCGAGGAGAUGGGCAUCAAGAUGACAGUGAAGGUGUGCGGUGACAGCGCCGCCGCCAUCGGGGUGCGCUCGAGACUGGGCGCGGGGCGAAUCAGACUCCCGGGCGCGAAGUACCUGCGCAUGCGCGGGGAAGUGGCCGAGAAAGAAGUGCGCGCCGCGAAGGUGCCGACGGCAGAGAACGUAGCGGAUCUGAUAGCGAAG